AUGGGAGAGGCAGCGAGUGAAAAGGAUGCAGAUUCGAGUCUGCACCCACCAGCAGCAGCAGCGCAGCAGCAGCCCAGCGACGGGGCGUCGCUGGGUACUGAUAUCAACACUGAGGCGGUUCCUGGGCAUUAUCAGGCCUCCAGUAGCUCCCAGAAGGAAAGUGGAGAAUGUCAGGAAGGGCGAGACAACGAAAUCGAGAAGAUCACGAGCCCCCCCCCUGGGGGCCCCACAGCCCAGCAGUCUGCACUCACAGAGUCACAGACUGCUGUGGUGGAGAGGUCAGCGGCAGCAGGUGUGAGGUUGACGGACCCGGGUCGGAUCCCCCCUGACCAGCAAGACAUACAGGCAGAGAGUGUAAGGCAUGCAGACGGCAACCAGAAAGACCAGGGCCUGUUUCCUAGUGGGGAAGCGACGGAGAGACUCGAGGAACAGCAGCAAGGGGCCCCCAGUGGGAUCAGCAGACUCUCUUAUCGGGAGGCUGUUCGCCAAUUCGUCGCUCGCCGUCGAGCAGGCGACUGUUGCAGCCUCGAGAACGUUUCCUCCUUGUCUUCUGUAGCCAACAGCAGCACAAGCAAUGCAGCCAGCAUCCCCUUAUUCGUCUUCGGUGUCAGCCGCGCAGACGAUGAUGCAGCAGUCGAGCCCUCUAGCAGCAGUCAAACACACGCAAGAGGGCCGGGAAACAGCUCUGUCUGUUGCCCCAGCUGCAACAGGAGCUUCGCCACCAAAAAGGGACUAUCCCAACACCUGCGACGGGGCGCAAAUAAUCCAUGCGCCCAGUUGCGAGCAUCACUGCUCAAUAAGGAGCAGAAUGUUCCCACCCCAGCGGCCCCCAAACCCAACAAAAGGGGACGAGGGCAGCGCAUAGAAGGAGAGGAAGGGCAUAGCGGGGCACAGCAGGGUGAAACAACUCCCAAAAGGCGCAGAAGGCCAAGAACUUCAUCCUCUGAGCCCCCUACCAGCUCUCCAUCGGCAGAUCACCCAGCAACAGCGACAAGUCUUCUCGCAAGGGAAGACGAUUCGGCAGUCCCGGCGACUACAACAGCUCAACAGAGGCCAACAGAACCCCCUAUUGAGGCACAGAUGAGCGUCAUACAGCCGGAGACUUCAUCCUCUGAGCCCCCUACCAGCUCUCCAUCGGCAGAUCACCCAGCAACAGCGACAAGUCUUCUUGCAAGGGAAGACGAUUCGGCAGCCCCGGCGACUACAACAGCUCAACAGAGGCCAACGGAACCCCCUAUUGAGGCACAGAUGAGCGUCAUACAGCCGGAGGAUGCUUGUGACCAACGGAAUCAGCCGAUCACGCGAGCAAGACCACUACGCAUCCCACGACUAACAGCAGAGGCCUACGCAAGAUUAAAAGACAAACUAGAGGAGCUUGCGAAAGCUACAACAGCCCAAGUCGUGGAGGGCACGUGGGAGGAAGUGGAGGCCGCAACAACUGCCUUCACAGCACAAAUAUAUGACGCAGUUUGGUUUGCCAACAAACAACACCCAGCAGCAAAUCAGCAGAGCUCGAGGAAGCCAGCAUCAACAAACAGCCAACAGAAGGAAUCACGAAAGGCGCGCGUUCCCCCACGACUGGCGCAGGCACAAGACAACGUCAAGAAGGCGUUGCUUGCUCUUCGUGAGGAAGAGAAAGCACAGCAGGGGCGCAACAAAGCUCCAGAGUCGCUUGAUGAUAAACUGAAGAGGAGGGCUCUGGAGAGAAAACUCCGUACAGCGCGUCGCCACCUCAUCAGCGUCCUACAGGAGGAGUCGGCGCAACAGCUCCAAACACUAUAUCAAACAGACCGAAGGAAGUGUGUGGAGCAAAUCCUAGCCGACGAAGAUCAACCAAGGAGCCAAGACUGUCCUAUUCCACUCAGUGAGCUGGAAACACACUUUAAGCAUCAACACUCUGAGCAAUCUAUCGACACACACUCACAAGUUGCUCAUGAGUUCCUAGAACCUUUGGCUGCAGCUCCUGACGGGGCUAAGCGGAUUGAUCUUAACUUCACCGAAGAGGAUCAAUGA